GUGGGCAGAUUUUUACACACUGAAUCCAUAUAUCAUCUCCAUCAUACAGUGUUACUCUCCGAACAAAUGGUCAUAAUAAAUAUCUCCCCCACAGCAGUAGUCGCCACAAAGAAAAAACGGACAGUGAUAUAUGUCGAAGUCCCUUCAAAGGUGGGUGUGAGUGUCUUGUUGUAGCCCACUUACAGGCUAAUCUCCUGAAGGAAACCUGCAUUCGUAAAUUUUCAGUCCAACAAAAUAACGGUUAUUUUGCGGUGUACUGUAUUUCAUUAAGAACUCAUUGUUGUUGGAUCUGUAUCUUCGUAAGUACGACUGGUAAUGCACCGAAAAUAGACGAGAGGUGCUAUACAUGCUACACUAACGCGUGUGACCGAAGUCAUCACCAACACAUGUUUCUGUGAUCUAUUUGUGUUACUGGUAUAUACGUAUAUACAUACUGUGGCUUGUUGGAAGUCAGUGGUGCAAUGUUUGUUUAGAGACAUACUACCAGGAGAAAACCCCAAAACGGCAGUCCUGCAAAAUUUUACGUUGAAAAGCUCCAGAUACACUUUUCAACAAAAGACGAAUUCUCAGUACAAAAAUUUGUUGGGACAAGUUUACUUCAACCAGGAGGAAAACUGAAAAGUACUUUGGUAUUCGUGGGAGACUAUUUAUCUGCAACAGGAGGAAAACAAGGGGUAGCUGUUACAUUGUGUAUGAUAACACUGCAUUGGAUUAACUACAGAUGGUGUGGGUCUGUGUAGCCACUGAUCAUGUUUACUCGGAUUAACUACAGAUGGUAAACUGACCAGUCUGUAUAUAUAUACUGUAUAUAUAUACAAAUACAUUGACUGGAGUCACUGGUCACUUUCGCUUUGCUUUCGUUAGGGGAAAUAUGUCAGAAGUAAUAAGUAUUUCUGAGAUGUUUUUCUAAGAUCGUUGAUUAAAGGUGUCUGCUGCGGUGGUGUGGGGAGAGAAGUGUUUCCUGGUAGUAUUCCACCACUUCUACUACUACUACUACUACUACACUACAACAGAGAACUGGUGAGAUACAAACCAUGUGUAUCUGGAAUCAAGUGGCUCAUUAUCUCAAUUAGAGACCUUCCCUCACCCCAAGUUACAUUCCUCCUGUCUCCCAAAUCUGGGCUUGCCACAGAUAUCUAAAUUCUUCGGAAAAAUCUGCAGAUGUAAUUUCAAUGAAAACUGGGGUGUUGCCUAGGGAACCUAUGACAAUCCAUUGCAGAAAAGUUGAGGUUUAUUCGUUGGGUAUCACAAUUACGGGAUAUUCCAUUUCAGAGUUUUUGCAGUUAACAGCAGUUACCGUUUAGUGGUGUGAUUUCAGAGGUAAUAGUGUGCAUGCGGAAUGCCAUUCAUGAAUACGUCGGAUUAUAAAAGCUUUGCUCUCGAGUCUCCUUUCCUAUCAAACUGCUGUUAGGAUGUGUUCUGUUAUGGAAUCUUAAGGAUGCAGUACAUUUCACCGAAAUCAUUUAAUAGCAUGUGAUUCUGUGUAAUAGCAGUGUUUUGUGUACAUGUUCUGUGCGGAGAAACCUUUUAUCCUUAGGUUACACGAGGAUCUGUGCCAGGAGAAUUAAUUUGAAUUUGUUUCCUAGUCUGAUAAAAUCUGAUUGGUAGAUUAGCUUUUAUGGAACGAUGUCUUCAAAUAUAUGCAUUGGGAUUUAAUCUUGCUGGGGAAAAAAAAUAUUUUUGAACCGUUGUGUGUUGAAUAUAUUUUGUUUCAAUCAUUGUGCUUGGAAUUUUCUGUUCUGUAGACCAAUUUGAUUUCAACCUGUGUGAUUCAUAUAUUCUGUGGAAUUGUUAAAAUGAAGACGUCUUGGUUAUCUACGUUUUCUUCCAACGAUACAAGAAAACGUGCUCCAACUCCAGAGUUUCCGGUCAAUAUGUCUGACCUUCCGCCUGACUCGGGCACUCGUACCACGCCCCGAACUCCCAGAGCUCACCAUGGCCAGGAUGUGAUACGAAGUGUUCGGGGUCGGAGCAGUACGCCAGACAGAGCUCGGCCUCAGAGCCCUAUUGUCAUCAAGUACCCAGUUCCCGUCACCAUAAACAUGCAAACCAUUCCACCGUCCCCAAGGUCGGGACGGAAGGUCAAGGCCAUUCCAGAUAGCCCUCGUGUGCUGCGGAACCGUCCACCAAGUCCGGACGAUUCUUUGCUCAAUGACUUGUCCUGGCUGCAACACCACAACGUUUGGUGCGAAAGGCAAGCAUCCCUGGAGCAGCCCUUCUUCACCACUAAAGCCCAUGUGUUCCAGAUUGACCCGGAGACUAAGAAGAACUGGGUUCCAGCAUGUCAGUCGUCCGUCAGCGUGUCUUACUACUUUGACAGUACCAGGAACACUUACAGGAUUAUUAGUGUGGAUGGAUCCAAGGCGAUAAUUAACAGUACCAUCACGCCAGGUAUGACCUUUACCAAGACUUCACAGAAGUUCGGACAGUGGUCAGAUCCCCGGGCCAACACCGUAUAUGGACUAGGAUUUACUUCUGAAGCAGAUCUCGCCAAGUUUAUCGAGAAAUUCAAGGAAGUGAAGGAAUUGACGAGGCAGCAGGUGACUCAACAGAAUGCUCAGGUGAAUGGCAACGGGAACAGUGAGGAUGGACCUGUGGCCCCGGGGACACCACAGCAGGGGAGACAAUUCUUACACACGCGCAGCUCCAGUCUGUCCGCCAUGCAAGUCGGGGAUGGACAGGGACAAGGGCAGGAAAGUCGUGAACAGGUGAAUCUACGAGAGCGUCGGAACUCCUUCAAUACUCCGGGCUCCAACCCGCCCCAGCCAAACUCAGCAGACGGCCAACUCAAAUACGAAAACGACAGACUCAAAUUAGCACUAGCACAAAGCUCCGCAAAUGCCAAGAAAUGGGAGGUAGAACUGCAAACACUGAAGAAUAAUAAUGCACGUUUGACUGCCGCACUCCAGGAAAGCACUGCCAACGUUGAGGAGUGGAAAAAACAGCUGGCAGCAUACAAGGAAGAAAGUGCUCGCAUGAAGAAAAAGAUCCUUGAGAUGGAGAAGCAGCCGAAUUCAUCAGAGCAAGUCGGGGCUCUGCAGGGGGAACUGUCACAGCUGACCGAACGCCUCGAACGGGUACAACUCGACAACCAAGACAAACAAGAUGAGAUUAACCAGCUUAAUAUGAGAUUGAACGAUAUGGCCGUAAAGGAGACGGCCAGUUCUAGCCUACACAGUCGAAUAAAGAUGUUAGAGGAUGAAAAUCAAUCACUAGCGCUGAAAGUGGAGGACUACCACCGACAAUUACAGGAUGCACGUAUGUCACACGAUCAGGACUCGAACGAUCUCCUACACUUACAGGACCACCUGGGCUCAAAAGUGACAGAAAUGUACGAAAUACACGAACAGAUUAUCUCAUUAAUACGCAAAGAGUCCCAGAGUUGAUACCUAGCAAUAAUACCAACUGUCGAGGUCUUCCUAAUGUUGUCAUAUUUUAUUUUCGCUUCACCGGUCGUCAAGUGUUGAAAGUUGUGGAAUUGCAUUCAAUGCCUGUGCAGCUGUCGCCAUUUCUUAUAUAUAUGUUGUCGCUUUCUUAGAAGAAACCUGGAAUUCUUGAAACAGAGUUCCGGCAGCUUCAUGUCGGUUGUGGUUCAAGGAAAACGUCCUGGAUCACUGACCCAAGGGAGACAACCAGCCAGCCAAAACGAUUCUGUCGGAUUGAAAGAUUGUUGACAUAAAAGGAAUCAGGCGUUGUUCAUCAUCACGCACAUUGUAUUCCAUGAUAUUACCGACCUUUUAUAGGGUAAAGUGGAUAAAUUUCCUCUCGUCAAUCUGUUGCUUCUGUAAUCUGAAAGUAUUAAUUUUCCAUUCUUAGAUAUUCUACUGGUGCUUCGAAGCAUUUGGAUAUCAUAAAUUAUCGAAUUUAAUAUUUUAAAGAUAUUUUCUGUAUAAGUGGUAAGAUAAUAAAUUAAAAUUUGUUUGUUAAAGCACUUGGUUUUUCAAUACGAUCCAUGAUUACUAAGAGAUAUGAUUCAGGAUAAAUAUUCGUAAAGUUUUUUUUAUUAAUUAAUAUAUUCGUAUAUUUACUUAUAUUGUUUGAUCUGAAGGUAGCACAAUCUCACAAAGAAAUAUAUUAUUCCAUCAACAGUUUCAUCUGUCAGUCAUUUGUUAAAAAACAAAGAACCAUUCCAUGCCCAAAAUUUGGUAACAACAACUAUUAUUUGAGAAGUAGAAUGUAUCCCUUGUAAAUAGCCAAGAAAGUAUGUUCAUGUAUACGUACCUGACCAUUGUUUUCUCUGAUAGGUCUGAAGUACCUAUAACAAUACUGUGCCAGUUAAAGCAGGUUUUUUUAUCUUGAUAAAGAGGGGGGAAAAUGUGACCUCAGAAUUUCGCCAGAAAGACAAAUCAUCAAUAUAUCCUGAUCGAAAGAAAAAUAUGUGACUUCACGAUAUCGUCUUAAAAACAAAUCAUAAAUAUAUCCUGAUUGAUAGAAAAAAUCUGACCUCAGGAUAUCGUCGUAAAUAACAAAUCAUCAGCGAUAGUAUUUCUGCUGUGUCGUAUCCCAAGAAUUACCUCGCAUCGUUGCAGCUAUGCUGGUGCUCUAGUCUCUGUUCCUUCAUUUAAAUGUUUAAUAUCGCAGAUGAAAGUUGCUUAACAUAAAUUAUUAGUCUAAGUCUUGGCUUAGAUAGCAAGGAUAACUGUUUGCAGAAUUUCUUUUUUCUGGAAACUGAAUUUUCUUGACUUUUGAACACGGCUCCACAAAUACUCCUAACAGGAAUAUAAAUGUAGCACUUUUAUGUAAUCUUUAUUGUAAAGUUUCAUUAUACUUCUUCACUGCCUGACUUGAAAGAUUGUUUUAAAUAUGGAAUCCUUCAACAUCUUGUCAAGAUUCAUAUACCUUGCAGAUGAAUCGAAUCGCAUUAGAAAUCAAACCAUGUGUUUCAAAAAAUUUUAACAAGACUCUUGAUGGAAUUAAGGAUUAUGAUGUUCUUAUAUAGAAAAAAAAGUAGAAUAUAUUAUUUAAAGUAAAUCUUGCAACCAAUGAAAUUUCAAGUCAUGUUUCUUUUACCUCCAAAACUAUAAUGCUGUUGAAAACAUUUUAACCCUUUCACCCCUAUGUAACUUAAGUAGACUCUACCAUGCAUUGAUAUGGAGGAGUCCAUUAUGGUCUACAGUGUUGAAAGGGUAAAUAUAGAAAUAUCUUAUCAAAAUUAGUAUAAUUAGGUACACCAACCUCCAAAAGCCAUUUUCAGCAUUGUAGUUCUAGGUCUCUUAGACAACCUCCCAGUUGGGUAAAAUUUGUUAAUGAGAAUUUUUUGUUAAAAUGUUUAACAUUAUUGACGUUAAUUUCCCUGAAUAUUUGUCUUACAUUGUUUUCUUAUAGAUAUUGCAUGGAAGGUUGUUGUCAGUUGUUGAUGUUUAUUUUAAUAGAUCUGAACAAUGUCAAUAUAAACAUUGUUUCUCUCUUGUUUUGUUUUAUAUUGUUUCAAUAUUCUCUGUUUGAUAUUUUUUGUUUUGUAUCUGAGGGGGAAAAAAUGGCAAAUUGUUCUGGGCCUUUUUACCAUGAUCAAAAUUGUUGUAAAACCUACAACACAAACUGUACAUUUUAUUCGCCAGUCUUAUAUCUUAAGUGAACAGACACAAAUCUGCACUAACCUUUCUUGUGUAGGGAUCUUAACUUUUUAUUUAAGCUUUUAAACCAAAUGCAGUUUUUAUAUUUGAUCCCUGUUGUGAACUUAUUUCAUGAAAUCUAUCUACCAACAUAUAUCCCAUCAAUUUCGGUCAUGAAAUUGAAACACAAAUCUGAUUUUGUAUGGUUUCAGUGCACAGUGUAUUAACUGAAAAAAUGUCUACGAUUAAAUAGGGAGAUCUUUUGUGAUAUUACCAAUGGCUGAUAUUGUAGCCACAGGGGACGGACAUGUUAUUGUAAAUAGGAUUCCAAAAAUAAUAGAAUGUGUCUGGCACCUGUGAUUGUAGCACUACUAGAACACCAGUUCGGACCACAGAACCCUGAGAUCAUAAGUAGCUGAACAAGUCUGUUAUAAUCAAGAUCGUCAAUUUGAUUUUUUUUUUUUUUUCAUAUUGUCAAAUAAACAUCGUCAUCUUAAUCAAGAUGACCAUUUAUUUAAAGCUGAAAACUCAUAGUUAGUGUUAAGCAUGUAACAUGGCUUAUUUGCUAAUAAAGUGAAAGAGGACUACAGUGUAUAGAGAAAUAGAGCAAAAAUUGUCUGUGCUGAUGUAUGUAAUUUUAACGACCAUAUACAGUGAAAUUUCUAUAAUAAAGCAACUUUCAGAUUUGUUCGCAGUUCAAAUUGCUUGGUUGUGAAUUAGAUGGAUUACGUGGAUAAUUUUUAGCCGGAAAAAUCUGUGUCCUCAAAAUCUGUCUAUAUUUUUUAGUGCAUGUGGUGGCUAAUUCUGGAUGCUUGUCACUGUUAUAAUUGUAGUUUGUAUUACCUUGUCAAGAUGUUCGCUCGUAAGAUAUUUUCCAAGAAUUUCUCAAGAUUGAUUUUCAAAUAGCUGGAAUACAUAUCAAAUAACUACACUGGCCAGUAUCGAGAGUAAAGGUUUAAACUCAUUGUAGAAUAAAAUAACUGUAGAAAUAGUAGUAUUUGUGUGGUCUGUGAAAUCUGAAAUUUGUGAAUCUUUGUAAAGUAUUAUAUAUAUUACAAGAAAUGGUUGAAAAGGACUGGAAAAAUUUCUGAAGUUCAACUAUUAAAAUGUUUUUUGUUGUUUGUGCAAAUACCAGUAACCAAAGAUAUCGAAUGUUGUAUUGUAAAUCUCGAUUUUUUUUCCAUGUUAUUCUGGAAUAUCUUUUUCGAACCUUGAGCGUCUUGACUAAUAAGAGUUCAGUUUUAAUAUGUAUAUACUUUUACCUUAGGAUCAAACUUGUGUAUAAAAUUAAUUAAACUACUUUUAUGUAUAAAAGAAAUUCAUUGUACAUUCAUGGUGCAUGGAAAAGAAACUUACAUCUAGUAGUUGUAGACAAAGUUAAUCUGGGUGCGAAAUCCACGAGAAACAAGAAAAACAACGAGACAAGUACAAAGUACAUAUUCUACAACUGUUUUAUUUUUUCAAUAUUUUACUACAAAGAACUUGUAUCUAAUCCAUGGAUUUAUUUUAAACUAUUUUAAAGAUGGAACCAGUGAUAUUAUUUCAAAAAAAGUAAGAUUUUAACUUAUUGUUUUAGGAGUAGAAUUAAAACAUAUUUUAUCGACUUAUUCUACAAACCAAUUAUAUAAGGUCCAUAGUAAUGGUAGAUUUUGAUGUUAUAGGUAACACAAAAUGUUUUAUCUGUUUAUAGUUCUUGCCCAUUCAAAACAGAGGUUGUCUGCACAUUCUGAAAACUUUUUUCUAUUUAAUAUUUUGUAAUAAAUAUUUUCAUGAAAGUACAAUAUUGAUAUUUUUUUGUAGUAGUAGAAUUUAAAUACAUUUUGUCAAAUUAUUCUACAAAAUGAUUAUGAAUACCCAUAGAAACAGUAGAUUUUGACCUAAGUACGUACCUUGGAAAUGGUUUGUUAUUAGUUACUGGUUCAGUUGCAUUCAACACUGAAGAUGUGUAUUCAUUUAUCGGAACAUUUGCUCGUUCGUGUUCAGAUAUAGAGUCAGACAUACUCUAUGUUGUAUGUUUAGCUAAAAUUGAUGACGAUUUUUGUGUCCUGUGUUUUGCUUGUCUUACCUAUCCGUCCUGUCCCUGUAUGAAAAACCAUUGGCUUGAGGUGACGUUCCCGACCCCGCUUCCAUUGACAAGCAAGUGUCCCUUUUGUAGCUACUGUUAUCCCCUAUAUAGAUCGCCGACUUAAAGACCUGUCUUAGUGUCACAGCCCCUCCAAAUCCUCUGGUUUCAAAAAUGUCUUAGUGAGUCAAACUACACAAAUCUCCGGAGUAGAAACCUUGACUGAGUAGCCAAAUCCCUCGACUUAAAACCUUGUCUUAGUCGCCCAACUACUCUGACAGCCCCCAUGCAGUCUUGAAACCCUGGCUUAAAGAUCCUUCAACUCAAAAGCCUGUUUUGGUCAACCCAGUACUUCCCAAGCCUUAAGACUUGAAACCCUACCUUGGGUCCCAACCCUUUGACUUGAAACCCUACCUUGGUGUCCCAACCCUUUGACUUGAAACCCUACCUUGGUGUCCCAACCCUUUGACUUGAAACCCUACCUUGGUGUCCCAACCCUUUGACUUGAAACCCUACCUUGGUGUCCCAACCCUUUGACUUGAAACCCUACCUUGGUGUCCCAACCCUUUGACUUGAAACCCUACCUUGGUGUCCCAACCCUUUGACUUGAAACCCUACCUUGGUGUCCCAACCCUUUGACUUGAAACCCUACCUUGGUGUCCCAACCCUUUGACUUGAAACCCUACCUUGGUGUCCCAACCCUUUGACUUGAAACCCUACCUUGGUGUCCCAACCCUUUGACUUGAAACCCUACCUUGGUGUCCCAACCCUUUGACUUGAAACCCUACCUUGGUGUCCCAACCCUUUGACUUGAAACACUGCCUUUAUCACCCAUAUCCCGAGUCAUACUUUAAACCCUGCCUUAGUGUCCAAUGUUCUGCUGCUGAUGUUUAAGUUACCAUGUCAAACUACCAUGACAUGUUCUAUUAUUGAGAUUGUUCUGUAUCUCUCACCUUGAUGUUCCCAAUAUCAGUUACCAGUUGACAUGGUUCUUUCAAGUCCUGAUCUGAAUGUGACUUGCUGUUAGUACAAGGGUAUCGUCAUAUCUUCAGGAUUUUUCUUGUAUGUUUGUGAACUAGUCUUGCUAUUUUUGAUUUACUUCUGAAUGAAGAUUCUACCAUACUUGACUGGUAUGGUGUAAAUUAGGUUAAUAAAUAUUCAUCAUUAUAUACAUUUGGUUGGUUGUAUUGUUUACGUCAUUGACAGCAAUAAUCGGAUUUUAAAAAGUUAUUCUCCAUUUGUUUUUCAUGUGUUGUAUUCAGUUGUUUUCUGUGUUAUAGAUUGUGUGGAAAGAAAUUCUUUUUAAUAGAUAUUAUUAUAUAUUUUUUCCUCGUUUCUCUCGAAAAUUGCAUGUCUAGUAAUGUUGGUUAGUAAAAUGCAAGAUUUUUAUUUUAAGUUUAUUUUUCUGUUUUUGAACGUGUUGUGCCUGAUAUACAAUCUGACUGAUAGAAAUAGCGACAUAUCAUUUUAAUAUGCAUGUAUAUAACCUACAUUUAGUAUCUUUUAUCUCACAUGGUCAGAUUAAAUACAGUUCAAAUGUUGUACCCAAUCAAGAUCUCGACACAGGGGCUUAUUUUAAGCAUGUGAGCACUUCAAGAUAAUAAGGAGUCCCAGACAUGCUUUAAAUUCUAAUAUAAUACAGUACAAUCUUCUGUGUUUCAUUUACUGGUAUCAUUUAAGAAACAAGACAGGUGGUGCUGAACAAAUAUUCAAACAUCAAGUUUUAUUCCUGUAAAUUUCUCACAACCAGUAUCAUCGAGAUCAAUUUUAUUUUUCUUAAUUUAAAAAAAAAUCUGAAAUCUCGGUAUCAAGUAGUUUUGUUGUUUUACAUGUAAAUCUAGAUGUCAUAUCUGGUAAAAUCUGAAUUUUUCCACGGCUGAAUAUAUGUAUGUAAGUUUUUGAUUCUCUGUUCUGUUAUAGAUAGUUAUAUGACACAUUCUUUGUGUUUAUGUUAAAACUUGCCCAGUCUUGUCACAACUAUCGACUCAAGGAUUAAAUGUGACGUUUUAGACAGUUUAGAAAUUUAUAUGUAUUCCAUGCGGUGUACAUAUUUUUAAUGAAAAUCAAUAAUGUAUAAUAGAUAUUUUCUAGAAAACAGUUUUGUUUUUAAUUACAAGCUGUAUAUAUUUAAUUCAUGACAACUUUUAUUUCUAACUUGAACUUAAAAAAGUUAUUUCUUUGAUUGGCAAUUUACUGCCGUUAGUGUCAAAACACAUUAACUUAGUUUUCCCCCAAACGGUCCCCCUCCCCAGGACAAGUCAAUGGUUUGCUGCAUAGUGGUAAAUGCUGACAUAUUUCUUCGUGAUCAGAGUAGCCAAAAUGUGUACCAUUUAUUUCGCCUUUGUAGAUAAAUUAGAUAUACAUAUUUACAAGUUUAUUUAUUUAUGAUAUAUAACUAUGCAAUAUACACGUACAAAUUUUAUUUCAG